AUGCUCAAGAAUAACGCGCAUGGAGGUGAAGUACACCCUAGAGUACCCUCAGAAAGGGAACAAGGGCAGCUGAAUGUCCUGGAAGGGGAGAUUUCCAGAUUAAUAAAGGCUGAAAUUUCCAAACUCACCCAGAUUUACCUUGGCUCAAAUGCGCUUGUCUUGGAAAUCAAUAGAGUAUUGGCUGACACAGAUGAGGGUGCCAUUCUAGCCAAGGUACAAGAGGCAAAGCAACUGCUUGAACAAAAUGAAAGGGGACUAGAAGCACUCAGAAGAGACUAUCGCACUACAGAAACAAGAGUUCAAGAACUAAAGAGAUUCGUCGAGACAAUCAGUGCCAGGCCUAACAAUGAGGAGCGUAAUCCUCAGGAAUCUAUGGAAAACGAACUCACCAGCUUUCUACGUUCACCAAAUACCCCCUUUUCCAAAGAACGAAUAAUCAAGGCUUCAGAAAUUCUAAGGAGAGAACUGAGGGAGGUUUCAGCUAUAGCCAGUAGGAAUGAAGCAAAUGCAGAUACAAAGAUGGAAUUAGUCAAGGAGAUGUUCGAGGAGUCCACUCUUAUUAUUCUUGGCAUUAAAAAGUCUCAGGAAACUAAAUUGGCGCAUGAUGCACACCAAGGACUGACUAGAAACAAGGAAAUAGUGGAGGCUCUUGUCAAUGGUACAACUGGACUUGUGGGUGUUGUAGGAAGAGAAGUAACUAAAUCACAAGGUGAAAUUGACAGGUGUGUAUUGGCGCUAGGGGAAUUUCAAGACAAGGACAUCGUUGAAGGAAACCCACGUGAUUUAUGCACAGAGAUCUUUAGAGGUGUUGUAUUGUCCUUGGAUGACAGCAAACAGAUUACAACCGAGUUGGUGUUAAAGUCAUCCAAGAUUGAAAGAUAUUUUGUAAAUUCCAAAAUUUUACUUAAUAUUGUAAGGAGACACGCUAAACCUUCCAAACGUGGCAAAGGUGCUCGCAAAGAUGACGAAAAUGACGGUCCAUCAGGUUCUGGCAGUAGCACUUGGAAGCGAUUCAGGAAAUCUACUGGACUCUCCGUGAGAAGAUUGCGGUCAAUAUUUUAA